UUGCUCCUCCUGUUUCUUGAUCCUUAAAUCAGAUUUGCCAAAACUAAAAUCCCAUUUCUUCAUCAUCAUCAUCCCCAACCAACCCGGUAACCUCCAAAAGAAGACAUGGGCGGAGACGCAGAAGAAGAGCUCAAGAACUUCAUCCAAGUGUGGAUCUCCGCCCUCGCCGCCCUCGCCUACUCCUACUUCGCCUCCUCCGCCGUCCCGCGCGGUGCCCUCCGCCUCCUCUCCCUCCUCCCCGCCGUCCUCCUCCUCUCCCUCCUCCCCCUCCGCCUCUCCUCCGCCCACCUCGGCGGCCCCACCGCCUUCUUCCUCGUCUGGCUCGCCAACUUCAAGCUCCUCCUCCUCUCCUUCCACCUCGGCCCCCUCGCCGACGCCCCCAGCUUCCUUCACUUCCUCUCCCUCGCCUCCCUCCCUGUCAAAGUCAAACCGCCCCGCGACGACAAGAAAGUCUCUGGAAAGUCCCCGAAAUCCACUCUUGCUUCCGUCCGACUCGCGAUCAAGGUUUUGAUUCUGGUCUCGAUUCUCCACGCCUACGAGUACAGGCCUCGGUUGCAUGAGUACGCCAUCCUCGCGCUCUACUGCGUCCACUUGUACCUGGAAUUGGAGCUCGUCCUCGCGAUCUGCGCGGUCCCGGCUAGCGCCGCCCUAGGGUUUGACCUCGAGCGCCAGUUCGACGAGCCCUACCUGGCGACCUCACUGCAGGACUUCUGGGGCCGGCGGUGGAACCUCAUGGUCAGCAGCAUACUCCGGUCCACCGUGUACGACCCCGUUCGGCGUCGCCUCGCGCCCCUAAUCGGGUCGAGGCCGGCCUCCCUCCCGGCGACCGUCGCGGCGUUCGCCGUCUCCGGGGUGAUGCACGAGGCGAUCUACUACUACAUCACGCGGGCGAGGCCCACGGGGGAGGUGACGUGGUUCUUUACGUUGCACGGGAUCUGCGUGGCGGCGGAGGUGGCGGUGAAGAGGUGGGCGGGCGGGAGGUGGAGGAUGCACAGGGCGGCGUCGGGGAUGUUGACGGCGGCGUUCCUGAUGGUGACGGGGAUGCGAUGGUUUUUCCCGCAGUUGAUGAGGAAUGGUGUCCAUGAGAAAGUCAUAAGCGAAUGCUACGCGAUUUUCCAUUUUGGGAAGGACGAAUUGACUCGCUUCAUUUUUCAUAUAAAAAGCGAAUUCAUGUGAUAAUUGUCGAAGCUGCGUGAGCGCGGGAUUGUCUUCUUAUUCUCACGUUCUGCUCGAA